GAAAGUGGAUUCUAUAUAAGAAGUCUGUAAGAUGUCACAGCACAGAUAUUGAUUACCUCAGACCCUCCUUCUGCAGAAGUUACACAAUAUUUCGCACUGGGUGGCAUCGGCUAUAAAACUCUCUUUAAAUCUCUUUAAAAUCGGUUACUGCAUUUUCGUUUACAAACACCAGCAUAAUUAGAGAUAAGAUUUGAUAAAAGUGACAUUACACAAGGUGACAUAUUGUCUUGAAUAUUCUGCAGCGUGUUUGUCAUUGCAUUUAAAAUAAUUGAGAACAUUUAUUUGCACUAACAAUGAAAGGGGCUGGACCCAGUUAUCUCUGUGAAAUGUGGGAAUUGUGAAUCUUUCUCGACAAAGUCGAAGAAGCGAAAUAUGGACAAAAUGGACUUUUACCGACAAACUUUUCAAGACCCCUUCCCUUCAUUAAUGGAUGAAAAGCGGUUGAGCCCAGAUUCCAUGAUCGGGCCCAUGCUUAACAGCCAGAAGAAGGAUAAACUGUGUCUGGUGUGUGGAGAUAAAGCACUCGGAUAUAACUUCAACGCCAUUUCGUGUGAGUCCUGCAAGGCAUUCUUCAGGAGGAAUGCACACAAGACAAUACGGGGCCGCUGUGAGGGAAAGUGUGAUGUGAACAUUGAGUCUCGAUCCUUUUGCAAGCGAUGUCGUCUCCAGAAAUGUGUCACUGUCGGUAUGCGGAAGGAUAUGAUCCUGGAUGAUGAUCAAAAAAAGCUCAGGAAACAGAAGAUUCUGAUCAACAAGCUACGUCGCCAUGGCACCUUACCUACGGACACGUAUGCAGUGUCAGACGAGGAUGUCAAGAUGACCUACGGGCCGAAUGUGGCACCACACACAGUGGACUCGCUGCGUCUCCAGUACCCACACCUCACAGACAGCGAAAUCCACCUCCUGUGUGGGUCAGAGCCUGACACAAAGGGCAAGAAACCGGAGAAAAAGGAUCGGUACAACAAAUUCAUGUCCUGGUGUGAUGUGCAGGACUGUCUACCAGAUAUAUUACAGGAUAUGGAUGAGGCAGACAGAAUUGUCCUUGCUGAUAUGAACAAGGCCCACGAGAGUUCUGCUUUCCUCUCCAGUACCCAGACACGCCUCAAAUCCCUGCCAACCAAUCCCACAGAGGUGUUUAACAUUGCUGACGGCUUCGUACGGAGAAUCAUUAAGGUUGCUAAGCAGGUGAACCACUUCAGAAACAUUGAUAAAGACGAUCAAAUCGCUUUGUUGAAAGGAUCAGUUGUGGAAAUUAUGAUGUUAAGAUCUGCAGUGAAUUUUGAUCCUAAAACUGAGACUUGGAAUUUAAGUACUGUGAAUUGCAUAACUAAGCCGAACCCAGCAAGUGGUUCACCAGCUGGAUCACCUUCCACUUCGAAUAUUUGUGACUUGCCCUUGCCAACCUCAGGAUUGGAUCUUAAAAGUUUACGCGAAGCAGCUAAAAAUGGAGCAGACCUCAGUAAAUUGCGACAAAUGGCAAGACAAACGAGUACCUCAAGCAAUGUGGAUGGCACAGAGAUGGCUGCUGCCAGAGACAGAUUCCAAGGCAGUGUCGGUAGCCAUGACAUGGCGGCUGCACGAGAAAGAUAUCUCAGCGGGAAUUCCAGCCCUGGCUCAAGCCAGAGUACAGACAGCGCAGGGCUGGAGGGGCUGCGGAAUGCGGCUGCAGCUGCUGGGUUUAAUAUUGAGGUAUUGAGAAAAGCAGCCAUGAAUGGUGCAUCGUUCGAACAGCUGUCUCAGAUGGCCCAUUCUGGCUCUGCUGCAACAGGCUCACCAGGAAAUGGGGACCCUCCACAGGAAAACUCGCAAGUUAAAGAUGAAAAUGAUUCUAAACCCUCCAGCAUUUCCUCAGAAAUUCUCAAAUUUGGAAAUUCAGAAACAAAAUCUAUGUUCUUGACAUACUCAAAGUUUAUCAAGUCUCUCAUGGGUACCAUAUAUGGAGAUCUAAUAGUGCUUAAGUUCAUGAUCAUGUUGUCCUUAUUCUCUCCAGACAGACAGGGACUCAAAAAUCGUGAAAAAGUUGACAAUUACCAGCAAAUAUAUGCAGAAUCUCUAAGAAAGUACAUUGACAUACGGUUUAACAACGAAAAAAACAUGUUUGCCAGAUGUAUCAUGAAACUAACCGACCUCAGAAACGUGAAUGAAGUCCAUACGAAAAUGCUGCUCAAAAUGCACGUUGAUGACAUCGAACCUCUGCUGGUUGAGAUAUUUGACCUGCCACAGUAACCAUGGCAACAGAUUUAGUAGUAACCAUGGCAACAACCUGUAUUGCUUCAUUGAUUCUGGAUAUAAAAAAGUACCAUUGUUUUUUUUUUCUUUUUGUAUUUAUUCAAAAAAACUAAGAUCAUGUUUUUGUCAUAAUGCAUUUGGAAUGGAUGGUACAUACUUACAGCUGGUUUAUUCUGGAAAAAUACAAUUCAGGUAUUGUGAUAGUGCUGGUGUUCAAGCUGCACUCUCACAGAUUGAGCGUUUUGACAACUUUAUUAUUUUUUGUCUUGGACGAGCCAAUUUUUGCGAAAAUCCUUGGAAACCAGUUAUAUAAGACUGCUGACAAAAAAGUAUUUAAAAUAUUCACAAAAACUUGGUAUACAUGUUACCAGAGGCAAUACGCACAUGUAAAGUAAGGCCCAUAACUCUGGCUUAAAUGUGAGUUAUGCCCCUUUCUUACUUAGAAAAACAGCAGCGUGUCACCAUUGUCGGAUAUUUUUGUUUUUUUCCUGGGCAUUAUGUGUAAUAAAGGUUCAUUAACUUAGAUAUCUGGAUCAUUACCUGUUCAUACUGUUGCUGCAUGUCAAGCAAGGUUUCUAGCUGGCUAAAUCAGACAAAAUAGAACAGACACUUGGGUGUUGCAUUAGUGUUCUUAUUUGCUAACCAUUAUUUAUAAAAUUGUAAUCAUUUUGUGAAAUGUAUGUUAUCAAAACUGAUGUAAAGGUGUGAUUGAAAUGUUCAAGAUUUAAUAUAUUUUAAUUUUGUUAAUUAAUAUGUAUUUGAUAGGCAGCUUACUAAGUGUGAACAUUGUUUAAAAUUAUUGUUUACUCAAAAUGUGAAAUUAAAAAACUGCUGUUAAGUGUGUAAACUACAACUUUUGUCCAUUUAUUUCACAGACAGAUGUUGUGCGAUACCAUGUGUGUCUAUGCCUAUGAACAAAUAUUUCGAUAUUUAUAUCUCCUUUUUUGUGCCAUAUUUGUGUUUGUAAGUUAUAGAUACUUGUUCUGUUGUUAGAGAUAUUACACUUAUUAUGUAUGAAAAGUUUUAAUUUGCCAACUGUUAACUGAAUGUCUGGUAUUUGUAUAAAAAUUAAUGCAAUAUACUUACAUAAUAAUAUAUAUAUAUAUAUAUAUUCAUAUACGAAUGGUUUAUACAGAGAUAAUAUUAGUAUAUAAAUAUUCUAAUUAACACUAUAAUUUUGUGAACAAAUAUACCAUUAAUAUUUAAUUAUCAA